AUGGGAGAACAACUGUCAAACAGCAGCAUCCUUGAUCAAUUUAUUUAUAGCCACGAGCAGUCAUAUGAAGAGUUUCUAAAUACGUUCACUUAUGUUUUGAAAGAGGAAGAGGGGAAGACAAUUCAAGGAAGUAAAGUGGACUCUCUAAGGAAAACAUUUUCUGCUUCUGAAAUAUCAAACAGAACUAAACAGGAUGGCUCACCUGGAAGAAGCAAAGAAAUUUGGGUGUCUCUUCCACCACCGAUGCCAAAUGAGAAUGAGACAGUGAUGAAUGAGAGCUGGAAAGCUGGUGGCUCUGAUGGAAAUUAUCUCCGUCUGUCUGAAAGAGUGAAGGUGGACAAGUACUUAGAUUUGGAAGAUAUAGACACAGAUGAAGAGACGUGCAGUGCAGGGUCAUUCGUUCUCCCAGGAGAGGUGGAACAGCCAGUGACUGAUUGUACACCCUUUUUCGGUAAGCCUGUUCAACUGAAGUUCAGAACCUUGCCAAUUCCACAGCCAUCGGACAGCAAAGCCCAAGAGCUACUAGGGGAUGAUGUUCAGCCAUUCUCACUUGAUGAAGAAUUUGAUUAUGACAAUGUGGCACUUACCCCAAAGUUCUCCGAAGCUGAGCUGAAGGCCGUUAUAGAAUCAUCUGAAGAGAAGAAAACGGGGACAGAUGUCAACUCAGCAUAA